AUGAAUAAUUUGAAAAUAAUGGUAACAAGUUUGAGAAGAAUUCUAUUGAAAAUAUAUAGAAGAUGUUUGAGGGAAAGAGUUUUGGUGAUGCCUAGCGUUUGGAUUGGCAUGGAGGAUGUACUUCUUAUUCGAAAGAGCACUGGGGAAACAUUUACCCUCGAAACCGGAUAA